GCUGCCCAAAACCUAACCAUGGCGCGAGUCCGCAGCAAUGGGCGGCGUGGCGGCGGCAGUGGAGGUGGAGGCGGCCGCGGCGGCAAGGGCAAAGGAAAAGGAAAAGGCCCGGGCAAAUGGAAGAUGCCGUUGUCGGUGGCGCGGAAGCAGCAGGCGGUGCUGGCGAACGUGGACCAGGUCACUGGCGAGAGGAUCCCCAAGAGCUUCGUCUUCUCGCGCGGCAAGCUCCCCUCCACGCUUCGUCACCUCCAGCAGGACCUCCGCAAGCUCAUGCUCCCCUACACCGCCCUCAAGCUCAAGGAGAAGAAGAGGAACAACCUCAAGGACUUCGUCUACGUUGCCAGCCCAUUGGGUGUUACGCAUUUCUUGAUCCUCUCGAACCCAAAGAGCUUGCCGCACUUGCGCUUAGCCAAGUCACCGCAGGGCCCAACCUACACUUGUCAGAUUUUAGAAUACGCUCUUGCGGCUGGCAUCGCAAACUCCCAAAAGCGGCCAAGGUGUCCUGCAGAGAUAUUCAAAAACUCGCCUCUGGUCGUGCUCAGUGGUUUCAAUGGCCUGGGUGAGCCUUUCAAGAGUUUUGUUACCUUCUUUAGGCAUUUGGUCCCUGUUGUUGAUACAGAUACUGUUAAGUUAUCAACCUGUCAAAGAUUAUUAUUGCUACAGUAUGACUAAGAGACGGAGGCUAUCGAUUUCCGGCAUUACUCCAUCAAGCUACAGCCUGUUGGGGUCAGCCGCAAGAUUAGAAAACUCAUGCAGAACAAUCAAGUGCCAGACCUAAGGGAUCUUAAAGAUGUUAGUGAUUAUGUGACAAAAGCUGGAUAUGGAUCAGAAAGUGAACCAGACGAUGAAGCAGCGACUGUAAGUCUAGCAAGUGAUAUAGACAAAUUGAACAGAGCAUCCCAAAAAAGUGCCGUCAGACUACAUGGUAUCGGAG